CUUUGACAGCUGACUGCAGGUCAGUGUCAAGUGUCCUUUGGCUGCUGUACGAUGAAAAACCUCCUUUAUGUCCUUACUGUGAAAGCUGAGAGGUCGUGGUGGAGAGACACAUGAAUGUGAGAUUUGACGAGGAGUCCAUGCGGCCGGUUAUUCCAGUUCUGCAGAGAUCACUUAAGAGUUUUUGAAAAAGAGUAAGAUAACAUGUCUGAGGAACCUGGACCAAGUGGCCAAUCACAUUCCCAGUCCCAGUCCCAGUCCCAGUCCCAAUCCCAGUCCCAGUCCCAAACCCAGUCCCAGCCAGGAUCGAGUUCAUCAUCCGCCCCAACAUCGUCCAGUCAGGGCUCUUCUUCUGGCUCAGGGACCCUGAGUUCUGUGGAUACAGUCCCUGUCCAAGAACUUCAACCUAUUCCAGAGGACGAGGAGGACCCCCAACCUCAGGUGUGGGGCUGCAUCAUUCCCUUGGUGCAGGGCUUCAGUGUUCUGAAUUGCGUUGAAAAUCAGUAUUUAUUUGGACGUGACAGACAAUGUGAUUACACGUUCAUCAACUCUGUUGUCAAAAAAUCAGCACAUUUCCACACUUACAGCAAAAAACACUUCAGAAUUUUUAAGGAGGAAAAUCUUGUAUACAUUGAGGAUCUCAGCGGAAAUGGGACUUGGGUGGACGACGAGAAAAUAGGAAAGGGGAAGCAAUGGCCGCUCAGUAAUAAUUCUGUUAUUGCACUGGCAGAAAAGAAGCAUCAAGUAUUCAUGUUCAUCGACAAGAUGGGUGAUGAGCAGCCAAACCUCCCUAAAGAGUUCAGCAACAAAUACCACAUUGCCCGAAAGAUUGGAACAGGGGUCUGUGGGGAAGUAAAACUCGCAAUUGAAAAGGACACGUGUAAAAAAGUUGCGCUGAAAACGAUUAACAAACAUGAUUUCCCAUCAGUAGGGACGGCCACAAGAAAUGCCGAAAGGGAAAUAGAAAUAUUAAAGAAAAUUGAUCAUCCUUGUUUGAUAAAAACAGAGGACUUCUACCAAACAGAAGACUCCUACUACAUUGUAUUGGAGUACAUUGAAGGUGGGGAGCUGUUUGGAAGAAUUAAAGCCAAAAAACAGCUGGAUGAAGGAAUCGCUAAACUCUACUUUUAUCAAAUGCUCCGAGCCGUGGAGUACCUCCAUAACAAUGGGAUAAUUCAUAGAGACCUCAAACCAGAGAAUGUGCUGCUGGCAUCACAUGAAGACAUUUGUUUGAUUAAGAUUACGGAUUUUAAUCAGUCUAAGAUUCUGGAAGAGUCGUCCCUGAUGAAGACACUUUGUGGAACGCCCACCUAUCUCGCCCCUGAGGUCUUCACUCAUGCAGCUACUGUGGGCUACACUAAAGCUGUAGACUACUGGAGUCUGGGGGUCCUCCUUUUUAUUUGUUUGGGUGGAUACCCUCCGUUUAACCCCGAAUGCUCCACCAUGUCCGUACGCGAACAGAUUAUAAAAGGCCAUUAUCGCUUCAUUCCAUCUCAGUGGAACGCAGUUUCAAGCGAAGCCAAAGACUUGAUCAUGAAGCUCUUGGUCGUGGACCCUGAAAAUCGCCUUAGCGUCGAAGAGGCACUUGAACAUGCAUGGUUAAAGGAUGACGAGAUGAGAAACGUGGCUAACCGACUAAUGUAUCCUGAAACAUCUAAGAAACGUAAGGCACAAGAGGGAGAGGGUGAACCAUCAUCCAAGAGAAGACCUGUUCCUUGAUGUUACCACACUUUUUUAUUCCCGUGCUCUGGUGGCCUUUUUUAAUCCUCUUUCCAUCUUGAAUGUCUAACACUGUACGACUCUGUAAAUACAAAAUAUCUGUACUAUUUCCUGUCAACAAUAAAAGGUUUUUACAUUUUCCAUUCCUCUUAUGAGAAUUUCAAACUAUUACAUUUAUUUAUUUGGCAAACCAUGCUAAUAAAAUGUGCAAAAAUAUUACAUUUCAGUCAGAAAUCUUCCCUUAUGGCCCAAAUGUCUACACAUUUGGCAUUUUGUAGUGUAGAUCCUUAAAAAGACAGUACAUUAUUUCACUUCAAACUGCACAUAAACCUUUAACUGCACAUCAGGCCCCUUUCACACAUGCAACCUGGUAAAUUGCAGUAAAAUUGUUAGCUUGCCUUUACUGGUAAAUGUUCAACAUCUGCUAUUCACACAUGCAACGGUUUUAGUCUUUUUUUUUACAUUUUGCGACCAUUCACACAUCAGCACCAAAAUGCCAUUAACCCUUUAAACUUUUUUUUUUUUUUCUCUCUCUCUCUGUUUCAGUGGCAUACCCAAAAUUAAAGACUUACACACACACACAAAAAGUGUUUAGUAUCAUUGUAAAGAAAACUUUUCAUUUUUUAAUAAUAUAGAUUAUGAUAAAUUAUGAGACUCUCCGCCUAAGAAACUUCUGGAAAAUCACAUAAACUUUACUUUUUUCUUAUAAAUUGUGCUCAUGAUAAUGUUAGCAAAUGUUCAUAGAAAAACAAAUCUAUAAUUUAUGACAAUAAAAGAAAUUUAUGAAAAUAAAAGUUUUUCUAAGGAUUGUUAUUAUUCUUUUCACGGUUUUGAGUGCUUUUGGGGCACUUAACAUGCUUAAAACCUCAUGAAAUUUUGCACACACAGAGUUGUCGACCAUUAGGCCUGGGCAAAAGGUCACACAUGGGCGUGUAAGGCAUGCUCUGUUGCGUCACCUUUUGACUAAAGUGGUGGGGUCAGUUUCACCUUCAGUCACCAAACUUGGUACAUAUAUUGUUCUCAUCAAGCCGGACAACUUUCAAAAUUACAGUCUUUGGCUCUGCCCAACAGGAAGUCUGCCAUUUUGGAUUUAAUUCAAAUUUUUUGAAAAUUGCAGGCCCUGAACUUUUAAAUACUCCUCCUGGGGAAUACAUGUGACUGUCACCAAAUUUAAGCAACAUUAUGCCAAGAUGCUAAAUUGUGAAUAGAUUUUUUUAUAUAUUGAAUGGUGUUGCCAUGGAGAGGCAAUAAAUUAUUGGCAAAAAAUGAGAAACAGGAAGUGUCUCUCAUCUUCUGCAUGCAUUGUGUGAUUUAGAUCAUAAUUGAGCUCUAUGUUUGGUAAUGGGGGCUGAUCACAUGGACGUGGCUAUUGUGGGUCACUGUCAUAGCGCCACCAACUGGCAGCAGGAAGUGUGGCACUUACAGUACACUUUGAUAUAGUCCUUUUAUUUUUAUCCAAAAUCCUUUAAAAGUUUUUUGAAUAAUGUCAAGACACUGCUGAUGUAAAAUUGUGAAGGGAUUCUUGAUAUCUUAAAUAGUGUUGUCAUGGCAACGGAUCGAAUUACAUCGUGUUGUAGUGUAUUCGGGUGUAUUUGACACACUCAGCCAUAUGUAUAAUCACACUUAUAACAUGAAUGUGGAUAUGGUGGGUCAUGGUCAAAGGGCCUCCAGCUUAUAACAAUGUGACACUUCGAAUAGGCAAAAAAAAAAAAAAAAAACACAUCAAAUUUACAUGUAAGGGGAUUCUUGAUAUCGUACGUGAUAUUUUCAUAGCCACAAGUCAAAUAUUAUUCUUUUUGGAUUGUUCGAGGGUUCACACUUGCCAUUAUUACAAAUUUAUUACGUUUGCCACACACAUCAAAGACUUUUCAGGUAAUGUUACAACUUCUAAUUAAGGGAAAUAGCCAGUGCAAAAUUUACCAGUAUUACAGAACAGAACAAUUCUGAAAAAGGCUGUAUGUGUGAAAGCGAAUAUAAGAUCUUUUAUUAAUCCCACACUGCAAAAAAUCAUUUUCUUAAUCAGUAUUUUUGUCUUGUUUUCCCGUAAUAACUCAACAUUCUUAAAACAAUACACAUUUCCUUAAGAAGCAAUAUUGUGUGAGAUAAGAAGACUUGUUUUCAGAAAAAUCUUUAAUUAUAUUUUUUUUUAUCCCAUUAGUAAAAUGCUUUUUUUUUCUUUUUUUUUUUUUCUUUUUUUUUUUU